AAGAUAGCAGAAUAAGACAAAUAUGGAUACCGCUGCUACAUUAGAUCAAUACACCCAGGAUCUGUCAAACUUACCUGCUGAACUACAGUAUCUGCUGGCAGAACUUGGAACUUCAGACAGUAACCUGUAUGAGACUAGAAAGAAGAUGUUACAGAAAGAUGGGAGCAUCCACAAGUUUAUCAAACAACACGGUUCGUUGACGAAGAACCCUAAGGAGGCUCAGCUUUACCCUAAGAUAAGAGAGGAUCUUAAUAGUGCAGAACAGCUGCAGAAGAAGAAAGUGAUUACCGCAAACACAGCGCUGUUCCUGACGGCAAAGCACCUUCUCAAGUUGGAGUCGGACAUGGAGAAGUUGAAAUCCGAAGGAUUGCUGGUUGUUGAAGAUAUGGACAUCGAUCUGGAUGAAGUUAUGUCUAGUAAGACCUCCAGUAGGGCUGGAACCACUGAUCUUUUACUGAAUGGCGAUUUCUUGACUACCUCAAACGCAACUGUGGCAUCCAUGACCACAACGCAGAAGAAAGCUAGGAAGUCGUCUGUACGAGCCUCAACGCCUGCGGCGGUCACGGCACUCAGAGCAAACAAGAGGCAAAAGACUGUGGAGUCUUCAGCUUCCCCUGACGUGGUGGACUCGCAACAAUCUCCUGGUAGUCUUAUGGUUGCGAAAGGCUCAAAUAAGGGAUCUGCAACGGCGUCAGCUUUAGUGACUGCAUCACCAAAAGUUGAACAACAGGGUAAAGAUGAAGAGAAUGAGCUGUACUGCUUUUGUCAAAGGGUUUCGUUUGGAGAAAUGGUUGGAUGUGAUAACGACGAUUGUAAAUAUGAAUGGUUCCAUUAUGAGUGUGUCGGGUUGAAGGAGCCUCCAAAGGGUAAAUGGUACUGCCCUGAUUGUUCUGAAAGGCUUAAAAGGGAGAAGAAGAAGAAGAAAUAGUUGUAACAUGUUUAUUUAUUGGGUUCAUUAAUUAGCAGUACAAACUGAGCGCCCAAAUGAGUAAACUUUGGCCAAUAAACGUGUAGAGGAAGAGGAAAUAGUUUGAGUUCUUGAGAGCUUUUCCUCCCAUUGCUUGCGUUGGACUGUUGAUACCGCCAAAGAGGUUGAAUCUGAUGGCCCUCAAUUCAAAGAAGCCAUAGGCAAUGAUCAGAUAGAUGUAAAUGAUCCAGUUCAAGUAUCUUAUUGAUGAAACGUUCUUCACAAUGUUUAUGAUCAGCAAUGGCACGAAUUU